ACAGCUGGACCAACAACUGCAGCACCAACAACUGCAGCCCCUACCAUACCUGAACCAACAACAACUCCAGCCCCAACAAUACCUGAACCAACAACUACCGCUGCUCCAACCACACAUGGUUUAACAACAACUGCAGCUCCAUCCACACAUGGUUUAACAACAACUACAGCUCCAACCACACAUGGUUUAACAACAACCACAGCUCCAACCACACAUGGUUUAACAACAACUACAGCUCCAACCACAUAUGGUUUAACAACAACUGCAGCUCCAACCACACAUGUUUUAACAAUAACUACAGCUUCAACCACACAAGGUUUAACAACAACUACAGCUCCAACCACACAAGGUUUAAUAACAGCAGCUCCAACCACACAUGGUUUAACAACAACUACAGCUCCAACCACACAAGGUUUAACAACAACUGCAGCUCCAACCACACAAGGUUUAACCACAACUACAGCUCCAACCACACAUGGUUUAACAACAACUGCAGCUCCAACCACACAUGGUUUAACCACAACUGCAGCUCCAACCACACAUGGUUUAACCACAACUACAGCUCCAACCACACAUGGUUUAACAACAACUGCAGCUCCAACUACACAAGUUUUAACAACAACUGCAGCUCCAACCACACAAGUUUUAACAACAACUACAGCUCCAACCACACACGGUUUAAUAACUGCAGCUCCAACCACACAUGGUUUAACCACAACUGCAUCUCCAACCACACAAGUUUUAACAACAACUGCAGCUCCAACCACACAAGUUUUAACAACAACUACAGCUCCAACCACACAAGGUUUAAUAACUGCAACUCCAACCACACAUGGUUUAACCACAACUGCAGCUACAACCACACAUGGUUUAACCACAACUGCAGCUCCAACCACACAUGGUUUAACCACAACUACAGCUCCAACCACACAUGGUUUAACCACAACUGCAGCUCCAACCACACAUGGUUUAACAACAACUGCAGCUCCAACCACACAAGGUUUAACAACAACUACAGCUCCCACCACACAUGGUUUAACAACAACUGCAGCUCCAACCACACAUGGUUUAACAACAACUGCAGCUCCAACCACACAUGGAUUAACAACUGCAGCUCCUACCACACAAGGUUUAACCACAACUACAGCUCCAACCACACAUGGUUUAACCACAACUGCAGCUCCAACCACACAAGGUUUAACAACAACUACAGCUCCCACCACACAUGGUUUAACAACAACUGCAGCUCCAACCACACAUGGAUUAACAACUGCAGCUCCUACCACACAAGGUUUAACAACAACUGCAGCUCCAACCACACAAGGUUUAACCACAACUACAGCUCCAGCCACACAUGGUUUAACCACAACUGCAGCUCCAACCACACAUGGUUUAACCACAACUGCAUUCCCCCCCAGAUCAACUCCAUCCCCAUUAACAGCAGCAUCCCCAUCAACAACAGCACUUUUCACAGCAUCAAGCCCACCUCCAACAACAUCUACAUCAACAGAUAUAACCAAAAUCUCCAACAUCUCUUCAAUCACACAACCAAUUAUCCCUUCUAUUACGAUCCCAACAAACAGAACCACAAUUUCCCCCCUUAACACUACUUGUGGUGGUUGUCCUACAACACCCCCUCUGACUACUACCACUACACUGACUAACACAACUACUACUCCACUGCCUGUUGUAAUUACCAAUACUGCAACAACACCUGACACUACUAAUUCAACAACACCUACUACUAAUGCUACAACAACCCCUCCUCCUAAUACUUCAACAACACCUACUACUACUACAACAACUCCUCCUACUAAUACUUCAGCAACACCUACUACUAAUACUACAACAACCCCUCCUACUAAUACUUCAACAACACCUACUACUAAUGCUACAACAACCCCUCCUCCUAAUACUUCAACAACUCCCCCUACUAAUACUUCAACAACCCCUCCUACUAAUACUUCAACAACCCCUUCUAAUACUUCAACAACCCCUCCUACUAAUAUUUCAACAACACCCAGUACUAAUACUUCAAUAACACUUACUACUAAUACUUCAACAACUCCCCCUACUAAUACAACACUCCCUCUGACUACUACCACUACACUGACUAACACAACUACUACUCCACUGCCUGUUGUAAUUACCAAUACUGCAACAACACCUGACACUACUAAUUCAACAACACCUACUACUAAUGCUACAACAACCCCUCCUCCUAAUACUUCAACAACACCUACUACUACUACAACAACUCCUCCUACUAAUACUUCAGCAACACCUACUACUAAUACUACAACAACCCCUCCUACUAAUACUUCAACAACACCUACUACUAAUGCUACAACAACCCCUCCUCCUAAUACUUCAACAACUCCCCCUACUAAUACUUCAACAACCCCUCCUACUAAUACUUCAACAACCCCUUCUAAUACUUCAACAACCCCUCCUACUAAUAUUUCAACAACACCCAGUACUAAUACUUCAAUAACACUUACUACUAAUACUUCAACAACUCCCCCUACUAAUACAACACUCCCUCUGACUACUACCACUACACUGACUAACACAACUACUACUCCACUGCCUGUUGUAAUUACCAAUACUGCAACAACACCUAACACUACCAAUUCAACAACCACUCCUACUAAUACUUCAAUCCCUCCUACUAAUACUUCAACCCCUCCUACUAAUACUUCAACAACCCCUCUUACUAAUACUCCAACAACCCCUCCUACGAAUACUUCAACAACCCCUCCUACGAAUACUUCAACAACCCCUCCUACUAAUACUUCAACAACCCCUCCUACUAAUACUUCAACAACCCCUCCUACUAAUACUACAACACAUACUACAAAUACUACAACAACACAUACUACUAAUACUUCAACUGCUACAACAACACAAUCUCCGUCAACCACAACUAAAGUCGUGGUUCAAGUGGAGAACGAACUGCUUUCCUAUGCUGGUGACACAAAACUUACCGUCUCCACGUCCCCGACGUUUAACGUGCUCUACGGCUUUCCGCUGGGACCAACAUUCUACAACAAUGUCUACUUCACCAAAAAUGGAGUGUUCGUGUUUUCUGCAAAUCAGUACGCGCCAAAGUUUCCAUUUCCUUACCCGCCACCCAAUGGCUUCCAGAAUGGCAGUGCCAAUGCAAUUGUGGCAACGUUUUGGGAUGACGUAGACAUAUCCGCAGGAAUUGGAAACAUUUACUUCAAGGAAUACAAUAAUGUAAGUGAUGUGGAUAUUAAGACAAAAACCAAAAAUCUAAUUAAAAAGGCAUACGCUAACAUGGGAGACUUUGAGCCUUCGUGGAUGUUGAAAGUCACUUGGGAGGGAGUCCCUGCUUCGUUUGAAAACAACAACAGAGAUCACACGAACACGUUCCAGGGCAUCCUGCUCACAGACGGGGUGUUCUCGUUCUGCAUCAGCAUUUUCCAGAGGAUGAACUGGCAAAUAUCCCGGAGGGCCAAAAACGCAAACAACGCCCUCAUGGGAUACCACACAGGGGUAUACGGCGUCUUCUACAAUAACGAGAUUCUGAGUCAGCCCGCUGAAGUGCGAUACAAGCCCGAAAACGUCACAGGAAACACAGGUGUAAAAGGCAUCUGGGUGUAUAGACUGGAGAACAACAGCCUGUCAACCGUGAACAGCAAGAAGAGCUGCCUAAACUGGGUCAAUCACGAAACGAUGCAUUUCUGGGAUUCGACACCGUGCCCGUGCUCCUACUGGCAAGGAAUGAUGGACAUGGAGUUCAUAGACGAAUACGUUAUCCAGUACUACGGAUACCAAGUCAAGCCUUUUCCAGGCGCGGCGUACACGCUGCAGAGCGUGUGGCAGAACCCUGACAGAUCGGGCGUGCGCUGUUACUACGACUGGCAAGGCUCCCUCAUCACGGGCCAGCACGAGGGCUUGCUGCCAACGCCCUGGAACCCUCCAAUCAGCCCCUGGUCGUUCUACCGGAAUGCGUACUGGUUCAACUACGUCUACUUCCAGAUGUUCAUUCAAACGGAUACCAGCAAUUACUACACCAACGAGGUGAAGCCGUACAAGGACUGUUGCCUGAACUCUGGAGACAACUACUUCUGCUCACUGUACCAAACAAAACGUCCCGCGGUAUCCUGCUGGAAUUACAGACCCCCCUGGUUUGGCUGGAUGUUUGGCGACCCACACAUCACCACACUGGACGGAGUGGACUACACGUUCAACGGCCUGGGCGAGUACGAUCUGCUCAUCGCUAACGAUGGAAACGUGACCAAGUUCAUUGUCCAGGGGCGCACGCAGCGCGCGGGGGACAACCACACGUCCAUGGCUACGAACUUCGUGGCGCUGGUGGCGAUGCAGACAGGGUGCCCAAUGGUGGAGUGGAAACUGGACCAGGAGAACACAACCUUGUUAUACAUUGAAGGAUAUCAAUUCAGUGUUUCAGAAAAUGCCACCACAAUAAAUGGGACCACGGUGAUGCUGAGCAACGGGAGCACCGUGGCAUCGUUUAAGUCUGGCGUGUCCGUGACGGUGACGGCCACAAUGGGGGCCCUGCAGUUCCUCAUCUCCCUGCCAGAGAAGAUGCGCAACAACACCCAGGGGCUGCUUGGAAUAUUCAAUGGAAACAAGACAGAUGACUUUACAGCAAGAAAUGGCACCAUUUUGCCAUUCAAUGGAGACAAACCUCCGAAGGAUAACAGAAUAUUUUUUGAAUUUGGACAAUCCUGGAAAAUAACAAACGAGAGUUCACUGUUCAGCUACGUGGGCAGUGAGAGCUGGUUAAUAUUCAACAACAACACCUUCGUGCCAAGAUUCUUUGAUGAUCUUUUAACAGAAAAUACAACCAAAACAACGGAAAUCACAGCUCUCUGCAAUGGCAGUGAUGCUUGCAUAUUCGAUGCCCUGAGCACAGGAAACAUAGCCUUCGCCCUUCAAACCAAGAAGGCCAACUCAACGUUCGAGAGAAUUAACACAGUUGUCCGUAACUCACUGCCAAAUAUUACUGGCAGUCCCGUGCUUGAGACGCGCGUGAAGGAGGCCAAGACAAUCAAGUUCAACAUCACGGAUCUAGAUGGAGACAAGAUCACCCUCUCCAUCUCCUCAUUAUCUCCAGAUAUUAAUAUCACAGCGGACGGCGUGGUCGUGUGGCUGCCCACCUCUUCGCAAGCGGUGUUCGCUUCUGUUGUGGCUACGGACGGCGUAAGGGCCCCAGACGGCACCCUGACCCCGACGCUAAUGCCACUCAACCUCACGCUGUGCAACUGCAGCGCCAACAGCACCUGCCUGUUCUCGGAGCCAAUGUACAGCGUGCAAGAGAACCAAUCCAUCUUCCAAGUCGCCGGCUGCAACUGCUCGGACGGCUACACAGGGCAGUUCUGUGAUGAAAACUUAGACGCCUGUGCGACCAACCCAUGCUACCCGGGCAUCAACUGCACAGACCUGCCCCCUCCGUCUCUGGGCUACAAAUGUGCUCCCUGCCCUGCGGGCUACACUGGCGAUGGGGAGAAUUGUCUUGACAUUGAUGAGUGCAACGUCACGUCCCCUUGUGGUGGUCAUGGAAUCUGCAGCAACAGCCCAGGAUCCUUCAGCUGCAGCUGCUUCCCCGGCUACAGAGACCCUCCCAUCUGCCGGGACAUCGACGAGUGUGCAGAGAACACGUCCAUCUGCAACAACGCCACCGAAAACUGCCUUAACAAAGGAGGGAAUUACAGCUGCAACCCCAAGCCGGGCCUCCCAGGCAACAAGCCACCAACUAUCAACGGAAGUACCGAGGUUAAAGCGCGGUUGAAUGAGUCGACGAUUCUACAAAUCACGGUCGUGGAUCCCGAGUCAGACCCCAUCACCCUGACGAUCACUCCGAACUCUUCAGACUUCACAAUUUACGCCAACGGCUCGGUGGGGUGGCGGCCCAGCUCCACGCGGGAGGCGUUGGUGUGGCUGGUGGCCUCGGACGGAGGGAAUUCAUCGCGGGUGGCACUCCUGCUCACUGUGUGCAACUGCAGCCGGAACGCCGCUUGCAACUUCUCGCAGCCGCAGCUCAGCAACUCCAACGACUCGCCAUCGUUUCAGGUUGCGAGCUGCCUGUGCUCGAGCGGCUACGCUGGAACCUACUGUGACCAGGACUACGACGCCUGCGGGGAGAGCCCGUGUUUCACCGGGGUGACCUGCACGGACCUGCCCGCGCCAUCGCUGAACUUCACGUGCGGACCUUGUCCUGUCGGGUACAGAGGCAACGGGAGGUCCUGUUUGGGCAACAAGCCACCAACUAUCAACGGAAGUACCGAGGUUAAAGCGCGGUUGAAUGAGUCGACGAUUCUACAGAUCACGGUCGUGGAUCCCGAGUCAGACCCCAUCACCCUGACGAUCACUCCGAACUCUUCAGACUUCACAAUUUAUGCCAACGGCUCGGUGGGGUGGCGGCCCAGCUCCACGCGGGAGGCGUUGGUGUGGCUGGUGGCCUCGGACGGAGGGAAUUCAUCGCGGGUGGCGCUCUCGCUCACCGUGUGCAACUGCAGCCGGAACGCCGCUUGCAACUUCUCGCAGCCGCAGCUCAGCAACUCCAACGACUCGCCAUCGUUUCAGGUUGCGAGCUGCCUGUGCUCGAGCGGCUACGCUGGAACCUACUGUGACCAGGACUACGACGCCUGCGGGGAGAGCCCGUGUUUCACCGGGGUGACCUGCACGGACCUGCCCGCGCCAUCGCUGAACUUCAUGUGCGGACCUUGUCCUGUCGGGUACAGAGGCAACGGGAGGUCCUGUUUGGACAUUGAUGAGUGCAAUGUCACGUCCCCUUGCGGCGGUCAUGGAAACUGCAGCAACAGCCCAGGAUCCUUCAGCUGCAGCUGCUUCCCAGGCUACAGAGGCACCACAGCCUGCUUGGACAUCGACGAGUGUGCCGAGCAGCCAAACAGCUGCAGCAGCAGCCAGCUCUGCGUGAACACACUCGGCAGUUUCCAGUGCAACUGUAAGCUGGGCGUGUCAGAUGGCAUCUGCAGUCUAGUUUGCCCCGGCUUGACCUGCCCUGAGAGCUACUGCAAUAAACACGGCACGUGCAGCCUCAACACGACCACGUGCAAGCAGCAGUGCGCUUGUGGAGACAGCUACAAGGGAGACAACUGCCAGAACGGCAAGGAGAUCUUUCAGGCGAAGUUAAAAUACACAGAAUUGAAUGCAGUCUACCAGCUGAACCUCACCUUUGAGGGCGAGACGUACGACGACAAUUUAAUGGACAACACCAAUUCAGAAUACGCGAGGCGCAGAGAUAGCUACAUCAGAACUGUUACAGGCAGGCUGUCAAGCGUUUCUUUAUUCUAUUAUGUCAGCUUGAAAAGAUUUAUUAACCAAGGCAACAAGGUGAUGUUAACAGAGAUGACAGCCAAGUACAACUACACCCCCACCAAGGAUGUCAUAAUGUUCUACGACAGCUCGCUCAUGCAAACAAUAAGAAACAGUUUCAACAAAACAACGCGAUCAACUAACGUCGUCUACCUUAAUAAUCUGGCGGAAGACACAGUGGUUCCCAGAGACGUUCUCCCCAACUACUAUAGCUGCGACACAGAUUUGAAUGGCUAUGUCAUCGUCUUCGACAGUGCACAGGGGUUCAUUUGCAAGUCCCCGUGCAGCGACACCAACUACUGCAAAAACGGUGGCACCUGCCAGCACCUGGCAACUGGAGUCCAGUGCAAAUGUCCUGCAAACUUCAACGGGCAGUUUUGUGAGAAUGAUGUGACCGGAGUGAGCCAUGGAGUGUUCUUUGGCGUGCUGUUUGGAGUGUUGGGAGGAUUGCUGCUGCUGCUACUAGGGCUGCUGGCCUUCUGUCUCUGCAAGAAGAACAAUAGCUCACUCUUUGAUGACAAACACAGCAUCCUGCGAUCUUCAUCAAGAGGAAGCUAUGUACCCUGGCUGUCAUCAAUGAACGAAUCAACUCUGCAAGGAAAUGUACCGGGCAUUACUCUUAAAGGCUUGAAAACCAAACUCGAUAACAUCGACAUAAGCUCCAAGAUUUUCACCAAGCGCCCGACCAUUGUGCACCCCAAGCCAAUGGACCAGGAUUCAAUGAGCAGUCAGUGAGGAGACAGUUUCCCCGUGGUGACGGCGGAUGACAAUGACUCUCAAGCCAAAUCAAGACUGCGACAGAAUCCCUGAAACGUGACGAGGCACAGCGAGGUCCCCGAGGGCACCGCCCAACUUCAGCAACGCCGUCACAUUCCCAUCGUCCCAUAAACACUGCGAAUACAGUUCUACGAAUAUUUUAAAUAGAAAAAUACAUUCUUAAAUACUGAAAAAAUUCGUUAUAAACCGAUGCAAGUGAAUGUAAACUUUCAUUUUUACUAUAAAUUAAAUUUCUUUCAUGGUUAUAUCGUAUAUAUCUAUAACAUUAAUAUUAUAAGCCAAUAAUAUAUUUUAGAUACAUAUAUUUCUGUAUUGGAGUGCAUAGAUGACGAAGUGAGAGUUUACCUGGCUUUGGUGGUUUAAACUCCGACUGCGGCAACAUUUUUGAUGUGCUGAAGAGAAUCUGUAAAAGCACUGCUUUUGCUGACACCCUGAAUGUUAAAGUGGUCUGGGACAUUCUUUUCCAGAGUUUGCCACUUUUACGGCUAAAACUCAAAACUUUUAAUUUUUCAGAUUUUUAUUGUAAAAUGAGUCGCUUUGUUGGUUUUUUUUUAUCAUUUAGGGCACUUCCGUUGUGAUCUAGAAGGGUCCUCCAGUUUACCACACUGCCACAACGCUGACGUUCACGUUUACUUUAGUUUUUAAUUAUCAGGGGAAUCUCGUGGGUUUCUGUAACUUUUUGAACUUUGUAACAGAUAUUUUAUUGACAGGCAAUAGGCUGCACUCAAAACAUUAAUUAUAUGGAAUAUAUGCCAUCGCUGAAGGGAGCAAUGCAAAUGUUCACAUGAACAACACUGAGUAGCAACAAAAUACUAUUUUGAUUUAAAGCUUUCGUGACUGCAGGGAUUCAUAUUCUUGGUUCUUUCGGUAAAGUCACGUAGAAGGGAAACAACAAAAUAAUAAACAAUAAAAUAAUAAUAAUAAUCUUUUUAUUAUUUUAUUGUUUCCCUUCUACGUGACUUUACGGAAAGAACCAAGAAUAUAAAAAUACUAUUUGCACACUUUUCCAAGCUGAAACGUUUGAUCCAUUGCACAAUGUUUACACACAUCAAAUCAAAUAUUUCUUUAAUAUAUUGAAAUAAAAUAUUAAAAUGUUUUAAUGUAUGUUGAUUUAAGCACAAGUUACAAAUAAAAUGAAUAUCAAAUAAA